AGUAAAUCUGAUGAUACUUUAGAGAGCGCUAACCACUUCAAUGUAAGCGCUGGUGCAGCCCGACACAAGUGACGGAAGCAGAUAACAAUGGGAACUGGUACAGAGUCAAUACCAUUGUCAAAUUUUAUGUCCGUCUGUCAACAUUGCAAGCGUACAAACUGUGACCUGCCGCUUCCGUUAGUGACUUCCUCGCUGCUGCGGAGAAGUUAAUGGCCGGGAUUUGCCUCGGAGCUGAAAAGAUGGCAACUACAAUAGCAUUCAUUUUCAAAUGCCUGUUUUUAUGUCUUAUAUUAAAGAUUUCAAAUGCAAAUCUUUGCAACAAAGUGAAAUGCGAAAGCUCAUUCGAGCGAUGUGUUGGGAAUUUAACCCACGCGAGCUGCAUCUGCAACUUCGGUUACUACAGGGCCAGCGGAAAUGGCCGAUGUGAAUUGGAAUGUCAAAAGUUCUAUUGCUACCACGAGGGUACGUGUAAGCAAGGCCCAAAUGGAAGAGUGUGCAGGUGUGUCUCGCCAUAUUCUGGAAAUCGUUGUGAAAAUGAGAAGAAGGUUGUCGUCCAAAUUGCUGUUGGUUCUUCUGUGAUGGCUCUAGUUCUUAUUGUUACUCUGGUAUUGAUUUUGAGGAGCAACUCAGAGAAGAAAGAAAAAAGCCACCCUUGGGAUAAAUGCAAGCAAACUGAAGAAACAUUCCCCGUUUUCAUUUCGGAAUUGGAGAUAGAAGAAGGGAGAGACCGAGAGGAUUCAAAGCCUUCAGAAAGCACUGAAAGUGCUAAUAGCAACACUGUUCCAGGAGCACACCACACGUAUAUGGAAAUAACAGAUUUUGGAGCAGCGCAGAAUGGGCCUAAGUAUGAAGUUGUUGCUGACGUUAAUGUAAAUGGGUCUCAAUCCACUGAAAACGAUGCAGGCUCUAGCAUCUCUGCAGAAGUUGAAAUGGAGAUCCAAACAAACGUCGACGAAAGUUGCAAAGUGAAAGAAAGUGAAGAUGCUGCAAAGAAUAAUGUUGUCGUUGCUCAUGCGUACGUAAACAAUGUAGCCGAAGAAGACGUGAAGGAAGAAGAAAGAAGCUGCACAGAUGAAGAGUCGAGCUUGUGAGCGGGGUCUCAAGUAUUGAUAGGUUAUAGACCUCGUGACUUUUCCAGUAGUUUUAAUACUGUGACUAAAGGGAAGUAGUUUUGAAUAGCUGAUAAACUGGUUCAGGUAUAUAGUUGAAGGAAGUUUGCAUUUUGCUUUCCAGAACACUUUGCUUGAAUGUUUAAGCAUUGAGAAUUUUCAAACAUGUUUGUGAAUAAUGUCAAUAAGUUCAAAAUUUCAUCAAGGAUUCAGGGGGGAAAAUAUGAUUUUAACUUCUAGGUAUGAAAAUGAAAUGUAUUCAUUUCUCUGUGGCUUGGCCUUCCAUGGUAAAUGAAUUUUGAUGCGUAAUAAAUAGAUCAUCGUUGAAAAACCAUGAACAUCAGAGCUUUUCUUGAAAAAUGAAUUAAUAUGUUUUGAUUAUAAUUCAUUUUGUGUUCCCAAAAAGUAUGUUACGUUCUAGAAUGGGGUUUUGUUUCAUAGUUUACAACUUAUGACGAAAUUUUGUGAUUCAUUAUUAUUCUAUCCAACUAUUUUAUUUAAAGAAAAAUUGAUUGAUGUAAUAUUAUUAUGUUAAUUAUUGCGAUUGUUAAUAAACCGACUAACCUGACAUCACGUGUAUUUAUCUACAGAUUAGAUUCAAGUUUGGAUUUACAGUAGUUGAUGAUUUUAUGGGUAUCUAUUAGACAUUUUAAGACAGCAUUCUUAAUACAGUAGAAAAGCAAGUUUCGACGAAGUGGCAUUUGUGCAAAAACUUGAUAGAUGUAAAGUGUAAAUGAUUCAAGAAAUACAGUUGUGAUUUUUUUUGAUAAAGUUGUUGAAAUGAACUUGACGUGUUGAAAAUCUUGACGUGAUGUUU